CCUUGCUGCUUGCCGUCGUUGGCGAGCUCCCGCUGUCCGUUGCAGGGUCCGGAAAGCGCGAUUUGCUGAUGCGGGAGUGGUGAAAUCUAUUGGGAAGGUGUCGAAAGUGGGAUGCAUGUAAAAUGUCUGAGACAAGUUGUCUGUAAUUGAUUGACAGUGUGUGUGUCCAGCUCCAGGUGAGGAUGACCAUGGCGCACGUGGGGGCAGUGGUGGCAGCUAUGUCGGGAGUCAUGGUGAUUCUCCUGCACUCCUCCAUUCACCGCAUCGAUGAGGGUCACGUGGGUGUAUACUACAGGGGUGGAGCUCUCCUGACGUCUCCAAAUGGUCCAGGAUACCACAUCAUGUUGCCUUUCAUCACUACUUACAGAUCUGUGCAGACAACACUGCAGACGGAUGAGAUAAAGAACGUCCCUUGUGGAACCAGUGGAGGAGUGAUGAUCUACUUUGACCGAAUUGAGGUUGUCAACAUGCUGGUGCCUACUGCUGUGGUGGACAUUGUGAGGAACUACACAGCUGACUACGACAAGACUCUCAUCUUCAACAAGAUCCACCACGAGCUCAACCAGUUCUGCAGCGUACACACUCUCCAGGAGGUUUACAUAGAACUGUUUGACGUCAUUGAUGAGAAUCUGAGGACGGCGCUGCAGAAGGAUCUGCACAACAUGGCACCUGGACUCACCAUUCAGGCGGUGCGUGUCACAAAGCCGAAGAUUCCAGAGUCCAUCAGGAGGAACUAUGAGCUCAUGGAGGCAGAGAAGACGCGUCUGUUGAUCACAGCUCAGACCCAGAAGGUUGUGGAGAAGGAGGCGGAGACUGAGAGGAAGAGGGCUAUUAUUGAGGCCCAGAAGGUGGCUGAGGUUGCUAAGAUCCAUUUCCAGCAGAAGGUGAUGGAGAAGGAGACGGAGAAGAAGAUAUCUGAGAUAGAAGACGCUGCCUUCCUGGCUCGGGAGAAGGCCCACGCAGACGCGGAAUACUACACAGCAGAGAGGAUUGCAGAAGCCAACAGGGUGAAGCUGACCCCUGAGUACCUGCAGUUGAUGAAGUACCAGGCCAUAGCCUCCAACAGCAAGAUCUACUUCGGCCAGGACAUCCCCCAGAUGUUUGUGGACACCGCACUGCAGGGGGACACCACGGCACAGGAGUCCGAAGAGAAGCACCGGCACAGGGGCCGCUCCAAGGGACACUGAGGAGGCAGAGGAGAGGGUGUGUGUGUUGUGGGCUGGGGCCCAGCGAAAGGGCCAGCUCUAAGGCACACUGAGGUGUGUGUUUGUGCGCUUGUGUGCUUGUGCGAGACAGAGCAGCUGGGUGCCCUCGUUCCUCAUGACCCACCAACUUUAAAGGCACACUGAGCGGCCUCAAACUCAAACAUGCGGAGUAGCCGCCUGACUGUGUCUGUCUGUCCCUGAAUCCCCUGACGACCUGUCUGACCACCUGUCUUGUCUGAUUGGCUACCUUUUCUGUCUGUCUGUCUGUCUGUCUGUCUGUCUGUCUGUCUGUCUGUCUGUCUGUCUGCCCCUGGACUGAAAUGCGACUUGGGCACUAGCCUGUCUGUCUGUCUGUCUGUCUGUCUGUCUGUAAGGGAUGGUCUUGUCUUUUUGCCUUUCUGUGUCUGUAGGGGAUUAUCUGGCUGCCUAUCUGUAGAUGAUUGUUGUAUUUCUGUCUGUCUGUCUGUGUGUCUGACUAAGGUUCUGUACGAGAUGGUCUGUCUGUCUGUCUGUCUGUCUGUCUGUCUGUCUGUCUGUCUGUCUGUAUGUAUGUAUGUAUGUAUGUAUGUAGGGGAUUGGCUGUGUCUCCUGCAUGUGUGGGGGUGUUUGUGUGUGUUUCAGGGUAUGCUUUGUUUAGGGGUGUAAAUCACAGCUUCCAUGACGAUACGAUUUGAUAUCGAUUUCACAAGGCAGUGUUUUGAUUAUUUUUGAUAUUUAAGAAUGCCCCACAAUACAAUACCUUUCGAUUCAAUUCCAUUUUUUCCAAUUACUUUUCCACUUCUAUUUUGUUGCACAUUUGGGCGGGGGCCAACGAUUCGAUUAUUUGCGAUACUUAAGAAUGCCCCACGAUACGAUUCGAUUCAAUCGUCGGCCGUUGGAUGCAUCGAUACAUAUUGAAUAUUAUUUACACCCCUGUGUGUGAUUAUUCUGAGGUGUGUGUCUGUCUGUGUGUCUGUAUGUGUUUCAGGGACGUGUGUGUGUGUAUUUGUUUCAGUAAGAUCUGUGUGUGUGUGUCUGUGCGUGCGUGCGCACGCAUGUGCGUGUGUGUCCUGAUGCUAGUGAGACUGGCCAUACUGCAGGGUGCUAUGACCUGUAGGCUAGAAAACUACCACUACUGCAGCUACUCUUAAGCGGUCUUAACACUCAACUCGUGUGUGUGUGUGUGUGUGUGUGUGUGUGUGUGUGUGUGUGUGUGUGUGUGUGUGUGUGUGUGUGUGUGUGUGUGUGUGUGUGUGUGUGUGUGUGUGUGUGUGUGUGUGUGUUGACUAGAGCGGCUUUAGCUACAUUUAGAGGGC